AUGGUCGACAGUUGUUCCUCUACUCGAGUGCCGUAUUCUUCUCGCAUUGGACCGGGUCUUCCUCAGUUGAGCAUCUCGAAUGAGCCGAAUACACCAGGCGACGCCCUUUUAUACAGGGUGGCUCAUUCGACAUGCUCAACCGAGGAAGAUCCGGGUCGACACGAGACGAAGACGACAAAUCGAGGAAGAACUGUGGACCAUCGCGACGCUCUUUUAUACAGGGCGGCUCAUUCGAGAUGCUCAACUGAGGAAGAUCCGGUCCAAUGCGAGAAGAAUACGGCACUCGAGUAG